CUAAUUACGUCUUACUUCUCUUCGAAUCUUCCAGUGACAGAAAAUGGGAAUCGAUGUAAACAUAGGCCGAUUUGAGGCGAAAUUUAACAGGAUGACAUUCCGAGACACAUUGUCCAUGGAAUAUAGACAUAAAUAGUCUAUAAAAGAAGAGAAAAGAAACUGGACGACGUGCAAAUUUGUUCAUGUUUGUGAAUAGGAGUGUUUUGCAAGUAUUGCAAGCAAAAUCAGUCAUGUGACUAACUACAAACUGCUUUGAAUUUAUGGACAUGGCUGAGCAGAGAGAAAUAGAAAAUCAUGCAAAACUACAUUUGUCUUCAUCAAGCGAAGAUGAAUAUCUAACAGAGAUCCCCAAAGGAGUGAACCAUAAAAAUGAAGAUUUACCUCAGAGGGAAAAAAAAAGAAUUUAUAAACGGGGUACAUCUAGAUCUAGAGAGAGGGCAUUAUGGUGUGAAGAAGAGACUAUAGAACCCUGCAAUAGUCCACGAAAUGAUGAAAAUACAGGUGACAGUGACCAUGUUGAGGAGUUUGAGGACCAAGAUGAUAUGGAUUUCUUAGAAAGUGAAAAGUCUUUUGUACAAGAUGAUGAGGCUGAAGAACAGUUCAGCAGUAAUUUUGGAGCAAUAACAGGAAGACAUGGUCGUAAUCAUUCUUUUAUGAAUGGUGUCAACCAAGAAAAGACACUACCCCUUGGGAGAAAGACUAUAAUAUAUGGUCAAACUCCAGUUGCCAUCCGGAAAUCCCAACUAAUUGACAUGGCACGAGCAAGUGGAAUGGCUGUAGAGGACUUUGCAAAAUUUAUUUUAAAAAGCAAUGCACAACAGAAAUUAGAGUGUUUACGUUUGUAUCAUACAUCAAAAUUACAACAGUUGUCUCAUCUCUUUGAUGAAUUAGAUACAUGUCUAGAAAGGAGUGUGGAUGAAAUAAGAAUUGCUAGUCAUUGUAGUACUUCAACAAAUGGUAACUCUAAUGAGGAGAGAAUGGAAAGUAAGACAGGUAAUGCGUCUAGUGAUAUACAUUCAACCAAAAGGGGAAUGAGAAAAAAAGGUGACGCAAGGUCUAACGUCAGAAUACAAAAGGAAUAUGAUAAAAGAUACAAUCCUCUCUAUAACCCAGAAAAUACAGUAAGGGAAAAGCCAGUAAGGAAAAAUCAAGUGACCAUAAUAUCUGAUACUGACAGUGAUCAAAGUGAUGCAGAGUACAUUCAGCCAUCACCAGAGUCAUGUUAUUCACAAAAAGAAUUGCAAAGACCAUUAGAUAUAGUGCCUAAUGGAAACAAUAAAGACACACAUAACCAACAUUUAGAAAAAAGCUUAGGAAAACUUCCAACAAAAUGUUUAUUAGGUACACCACCAAGCAGUAGUUCUGCCAGUUCAGCAAGCAGUUUGUUUGACCCAUUAAUUGGAAAACAUAUUGCUCAUUCUAGUUUUCCUGAGGGCUCUGAACAAACUCACAACAUUACUCAUGUCAGUGAUUAUAAUCAAUUUCUGGACACACUUUUUGAUAGUACAUCCUCAAAUAAUGUAGAAAGCAAUAGUAUGUCAAAUAGAUACAACACCAUAUCACACUGCCAUAAUUCUUACCAAGGGAAAAGUAAUGGUUAUCAGGAAAAUGAAGACUGCAAUAAAGUAUUAGACACAAUUCUAUUUGGAGAAUCUCCAUGUUCAACACAGUCACAAUAUCCAUGUGGUAAUUCUGAAUAUAAAAAUCUUGAGAAGAGGAAAGAACCUAGCAGUAAUUUAGAUUUGAAAAGCACUAAUAUAACAACCAAAUCCAACUCACAAGAAAAUGCAGAAGAGCUAAACAGGAGGGAUAAUAGGCCUACAUCUAUUGUUCCUUCAUCAUUUGAACUUGGUCAUUCACCAUGGGGAACUCUUGAACAACUUUUUGAUGAUUAAGAGUCAUUUUUGAAACUGAGCUCAAGAUGUUUGUAUACCAGCUAGAAAUACUCCCUAAGCAAUAUUUUCACCAUAGCGUAUGAUUUAAAUGCCUGGCAUGGAUUUAUAUGGACAAGAGUCCUAACGCACUGUAGGGGGUGUGGCAACGUAGAAUAAAGGUGAAUUUCCACUGAAAAUCUCCUUCACCAGAGUCUAGCUAAAUGUGUAUUGGUCUGGGAGGGUGGAGAGCCAUUUCCAACUUGCACAUAGGCUCUGUAGCCACUUAGGAAGUUAGUAAUACUUGAAUAUUCAGGAGUGCAUGCUUAUCUCAGAGCUCCUGUAUUUUGUCUUGAUUCUGUUUUAAAAUAAACAUCUUUCCAAUGAUUCAGUCAGUCUGAGGGCCCAGCAGUAAAGUUUUAUAUAAACAACUGGCAACAGUGCAAAAAUUAAAUUAUCUGAUGGGUCAUCUGAGUGCCUGGCUGUAGUUUUUCCUUUAUAUAAAGUACUUAUAAGUGAAAUAUUUUCAUGAUUUUUAAAAUACUUUACCUCUUUAUGAUGAACAUUAAUACAUAUGGGAAUCACUCAAAUUAGGCAGAAGAUAUCUUCAUCUCAUAUAUUUUUUGUUUUUUUAAUCAGUGAAAAUCUAAAAUGGAUCAGAUUUAGAUGAAAUUACCUGGGAAUAUUGCUUUUGAUACACAUAAGGAAGGUCCUGUCACUGAGCUACUCAAAUUCAUCCGUCUCACACAUGACAUCACUUGGAAUAAAGCCUGGGGGUUUGAAGUUAAUCAUCAGGUCAGUCGGGGAUGGAAUAUAGACUUGCAAGGAUUUCCCUUCCCCUUGUGUUUCUGCUUGGAUGACUGACUGGCGAGUGCAGAAGCCGCAAUAUCCCAUAUAUAUUAAGUGGUUGGAUGCAAUAUUUUUACACCAGGGACUAUGUAUUUAUUGUCAUUUAGCAUAUAUAUGUAUAUGUAAGUGUAUGUAUAUGUACGCACAAACACAUAUAUAUUAGCUUUUGUUUUUUUAUAUAAUAAAUUUGUUGAAUUUUAAAAUUUUAUAUAUGCCUUGAUAGAAUAAAACAAUAUU